AUGCACAAGAGGAAAUUGGAUCAUAGGAAGGUUCUCUGUUGUACCUGCGGUGGCUACCUGGACGUUCACAUUGGUCAAAAUUCAUUGAUCUGUACAAUUAAAUUAGCAGGCAGAGCCUGGGGAGGGGGUUAUUUGCAGGCCUGCCUCCUGCUGGCCGCGCUACCCCUGGGUGUAGAUAAACACCUGCCCCAGAGCCGCAGCGUCCUGCGGGGGCUGCAGCGCGCCCCUGGCCCGCGGUGCCCUGGCGGCGCGUGCGCCCCCGCUGGGCCGUCGGCGCGCGCUGGGCUGGGCUGGCCGGGCGGGCAUCGCGGCGCCGGGCUGGAGCGCGCCCCGUGGCCGGCGGCGGCCGCUCCCCCGAGCAGGAGCUCGCUUGGGGCUGCGACGACGACGGCGGCGGGACUGGAGGCGCGAGGCGACCAGAUCAGAAAGAGCCGCCGCCGGGCCGAGACCCGCCCGGGGAAGGGGAGGGGCCGCCCCUCCAAGAGGCGGGGGACAGGCGGGCGCCCCCGCGGGCCGGAGCCCAGGAGGGCGGCGAGCAGCGAGCCCCCGCCCCGCGCGCCUCCGCCGCCCGCCCCGCGCUCUCGCCCUGGACCCCGACCCGCGCCGGCAGCCUCGGGGGAGCGGGAGCCGGAGCGGGCGGGGCGCGCGGGGCGCGCGAGGGACACGAUGCCGGGACUGCGGGGCCGGGCCGGGCUCCUCCUCGGCGCGGGGCUGCUGGCCGCGCUGCUGGCCGCGGGGCCGGGACUCCCCCUGCGGAAGCCGCGGGGCCCCGCGCCCCAGGCCAGGAGCCACGGGCGGCUGGCGGAGGUCCCAGCCUCCCCAGAUCCCAGCUCUCCUGGGGAAGAGGGGACACCCCCGCUCCCAGGAACCCGCCUCCAGGCAGGACCGUGCAGACACAGGCACCAGGUCGUCACUGAGCCAGCAGCCCUGACCCCACACAAGGCCGCUCUCCCCGGGACCCUGGAGGACACGCCCCUGCUGCUGGAGCUGCAGAAGCUGCCAGGAUUGGCCAACACAGACUUGAGUGUCCCGAACCCCAAUAUCCAGGUGACCAUUGAGGUGGUGGAGGACCCCCAGGCUGAGGUGGAGAUGGACCUGUUGGCGGAGCCCAACAAUCGCUCGCCCCAGGGCUUCCCUAGCUGGCUGCCCACCAAGGAGCUCUUCUGGCCCCUUUUCUGGGGUUACCUGGAGGCCGAGGCGAGGGGAACCCCUCUCAAGGGCAGAGCUCCAGGGGAAGAGGAGAAGAUGAAGGAGGAGGAGGACUAUUCUGUGGAGCACAGCGAGAGCAAGGACCAGGAGGGCGGCGAAGAGGAAGAUAGUUUGGAGGAGUCCGGGUUCAGCGGGGCUGCAGGCGGCUGGGAGCAGGGCUGGCUGACCCCGGGGGACUGGGCCUUCAAGGAAUCAGACAGCUAUGACUAUGAGCUGCACGAGGAGUGGAGCCCCUGGUCUCCCUGCAGUGGGAGCUGCGGCAGCGGCAGCCAGCGGAGGACUCAGCCCUGUGGCUAUGCCUGCACCGCCACCGAGUCCCGAGCCUGCGGCCUCCCGCCCUGUCCUGGCACCGAGGAUGAGGAGGACCCCUUGGGCUUCCCCAGCGAGGGGUGGCAGCCCCUGGCCCACAAUGCUACGGACAUGCUCAGCCCAGAUGUGGACAGCUGUGAGAAGUGGCUGAAUUGCAAGAGCGACUUCCUCGCCAAGUACCUGAGCCAGGUGCUGCGGGACCUGCCCAGCUGCCCCUGCGCCUACCCGCUGGAGGCCGUGUCCCGGGCUGUGAGCCUGCGGGACGAGCACCAGGGCCGCAGCUUCCGCUGGAAGGACGCGAGCGGCCCGCGAGAGCGCCUGGACGUGUACCAGCCCACCGCGCGCUUCUGCCUGCGCUCCCUGCUGUCGGGGGACAGCAGCACCCUGGCCGCCCAGCACUGCUGCUACGACGCGGGCAGCCGGCUGCUGACGCGAGGCAAGGGCGCCGGCGCGCCCGACCUGGUCAGCACCGACUUCUCGCCCGAGCUGCACUUCAAGGUGGACACACUGCCCUGGAUCCUGUGUAAGGGGGACUGGAGCCGCUACCACGCGGUGCGGCCCCCCAACAACGGCCGGGCCUGUGCUGACAACCCCCCGGAAGAGGAGUACCUGGCCCAGCUGCAGGAGGCCAAGGAGUAUUAAGUCGGGGCUGCAGAGCCAGAGCACUCGCCUUGCAGCUCCAUCCUCCUCGCCCCUGGCCACACCCGGA